AAGGAUCCACACUGGGGAAAAGCCUUUUAAAUGUAUGGAGUGUGGAAAGAUCUUCGCUCAAAAAGGUAAUCUUAGUUCCCAUAAGAAGAUCCACACAGGGGAGAGGCCAUAUAAAUGUAUGGAGUGUGGAAAGGCCUUUGCUUACAGCAGUGACCUCAGAAACCACAAAAGGAUCCACACUGGGAAAAAGCCAUUCAAAUGCAUGGAAUGUGGAAAGACCUUUACUCGAAGUAGUAUUCUUCUUCGCCAUAAGAUGAUCCACACUGGGGAGAAGCCAUAUAAAUGCAUGGAGUGUGGAAAGACCUUCUCUCAAAAAGGUAAUCUUAUAUCCCAUAAGGUGAUCCACACAGGGGAAAAACCAUAUAAAUGCAUGGAGUGUGGAAAGACCUAUGCUCAUAGUAAAGCACUUACUAUCCACAACAUGAUCCACACAGGGGAGAGGCCGUAUAAAUGCCUGGAGUGUGGAAAGAACUUUGCUCGGAGAGACCAUCUUAUUUCCCAUAAGAUGAUCCAUACAGGGGAGAGGCCAUAUAAAUGCAUGGAGUGUGGAAAGACCUUUAGUCAGAGCCACAGUCUUACUGUCCAUAGAAGGAUUCACACUGGGGAAAAACCAUAUAAAUGCAUGGAGUGUGGAAAGACCUUUGCUCAUAGUAAUGGACUUACUAUCCACAAAAUGAUCCACACAGGGGAGAGGCCGUAUAAAUGCAUGGAGUGUGGAAAGGCCUUUGCUCAGAGCAGUGACCUCAGAAACCACAAAAGGAUCCACACCGGGGAAAAGCCAUUUAAAUGCAUGGAGUGUGGAAAGACCUUCGCUCAAAAAGGUAAUCUUAUAUCCCAUAAGGUGAUCCACACGGGAAAAACCAUAUAAAUGCAUGGAGUGUGA